AUGAAGUGUAUCGUCCAUGGUGAUGCACACAUUGGAAUCACAUUCAUGUCAUCCGCAGGAGAGCCUAGCUUUCUUGACUGGCAGGUAACUCAGUCUGCGUUAGCUAUGCAUGAUGUUGCGUACUUCAUCGGCGGCGCACUGUCGAUUCAAGAUCGCCGCACUCAUGAGAAAGACCUCUUGCAGUCUUACCUCGGCGCCCUGAAACUUGCGGGCGGUCCGGGACUUGAGAUCGAGGAUGUUUGGGAAGAGUACCGACGACAAACGUUUCGCGGCUUUGCAUGGGCCCUUGCUGGGCCACUGAUGCAGAGCCGCAAGAUUGUCGAUGCUAUGGUGGAACGACACUGCGCGGCGAUUGUAGAUCACAAGAGCAUAGAAUUACUUGAGGGCCAGGAGUUAUGA